AUGCCUCCGAUCCAACGUCGACCCAGCACCGCGCGCACACACAGACGGCAGGUUUCACGACAAUUGCUAACUCCGCUCCCCAGCCUCGACUCGCUUGUAGCUUCAGUAUCCUCUACGGCGAACCCACCCAACAUUUCUGCUUUCACCCAUCCCUUGGGGCAUAACCCCCCGUUCGGGUCAGUCCAUCACGACAACGCUAUCUACCCGGACGUCCCUUACCAACUUGAUGAUCCAGGAGCGUCCUGUGCCGUGAAAACAGACGUCUGGAUUGGUGCUCAGCUCGACACACCACCUUCCCCCGCCACAAUAGACUCGCAAAGCGAUUCUCAGACGGGGGGCGACUAUUUCCCCCCGUCCGAGGGGUCAAGCACCGAAUCGCCUGCUGCCCAGAGACAACAGCAAGAACAGCAGCAGCAACAAGCGCGCCCUGCCAACUUAAGCCUCAACAUCUCCGCUCUUCCGCCAGCGCUCUCCUUCUCAGCCGGCAUGUCCCCAGCCUCUUUGGUCAGCACAAGCGCGCCGUUCACCGAUGCGACCAGCUUGUCCCUGGUCGGCGAUCCCUCUGAUGAUUACUUCCGAUUUGCCGAGGCUUCGAUUGCCUCUGCUGCGAACGGAGAUCAGGCAUCGGGUGCCGGAAUACCCUUCGCUCCGCAAUUGAACGGGCAGCCCCAACAACAGCAGCCUCAGUCCGCUACCCAUCCUCGGAUAAACACGAGCGCUAGCAUGAACCAGACUCCGUCUGCUCCGUUGACGGCACCGUCAACUACUGGCACCUUCCCUGGUUCAUAUAGAGUCCCGGCGUCUCAACCGACGUCGCCUGUCCGUAUGAUGCCCUCAACCCAGCAACUGCGACAACGCUCGGCGACAACGUCGAUAGCCGGAGAUAACGGAGCGCCUCAGUUCUCAAAUGGCGUUUCCCCGAAUGGCGUCUCGGCUGUUCCGACGCAUCUGUCGUUCACCGCUAUCCACGGCGGCUCAGGUACAGCCUCGCCGGUUGUUUCCACGACCCCUGGAGGCGGCGACCAUGCAGCGUCCCAGGUGGCUGUAGCUCUGGGCGAUGUGUCGAUGGAAGAUGCUUCUCACGCGACACCCUCGCGUCCUAGCCAUAGCCGCCACCCCUCCGCAAACCUCCUUUCCAAUGCGCCUAACCCGAAUGUGGCCCAACAGAUGAGCUCGGCCGUGCCUACUGGAAAUGACAUUGCGGAGAGGUUGACAAUGGAACGGUUGACGAUGCUUGACACCAUCGUCAACCAGGCUCAGAACGCUAAAGAGGCACUGCUUCGCGGCGAAGGAGAACGAAUCCCGGAAGCACUGGGACAGAUCAGCACCCAGCUCGAGAUCGCCAGUGAUCUGGGUAUGGCACCCGUACCGACACCGCGAGAGACCACACCAGGAUCGAACGGACAGACAAUAUCCCCUAUGAACUACUCACCGACCGCUCAACAACAGACAAUGGCAGCCCCCAACUUGGCGGCGGCUGCGCCGGCUUUGGCAAGCAUCCUGCCUGUGCCUCAGCAGCAACAGCAACAGCAACACCAGCAACACCAGCAGCAGCAGCAGCAGCAACAACAACAGCAGCAGCAGCAUCAGCAGCAGCAGACCCAGCCACCUCAGCCGCUUAGUGUCGUGACGACUCCGACUGUGACCUCGCCCGUCUCAAUGUCUGCCACAGCCUCGACCAUGAUGCACCCGACGCCUGUUUCCGCCCCUCCGCUCGUCCACUCGCACUCUUUCCCGAACGCACACCAACUUCAGAGUCAAGUUCACCAGCCUGUUCAGAAUGCCACGGUUCCGACCACACCUAUCAAUGGUGGAACCACCAAUUUUGCGGGAGCUGUCGGGAUGCACCACCCACCCGCCAUCUCCUCUCCCCUGGCAGCUGUGCCCCCUUCACGAGGCCAGUCGCCCACAAAUGGCCAGUGGAUGCCGGAUAACAGUGCGGCCGUCAUGGCGGGCAUGGAGCAAAUGGUGCAGGCUCAGGCUCAGGCGCAGGCCCAAGCCCAAGCGCAGGCCCAAGCUCAGGCACAAGCACAGGCCGCCCAUCAAAUUGCGCAAGCAGCUCAGGCGGCGCAGGCGCAGGCCGUGGCACAACAACAGGCGGCUGCAGCUCAUGCGCAGGCCCAGGCUCAGGCCCAGGCCGCAGCGGCUGCAGCUGCUGUUGUCUCGCAGACCCAGCACCAGCAAAGCCAAGGAGACGGCCAGAAGUCGCGUCGCUCCUCUGUCGUUGAGCAUCGUGCAGAUGGACGCCCCAUCGCGCGUGCUCGUUCAUCUUCCGUCGUGAAGCCUGGACACGCCCUGUCGAUGUCGACGUCCAUGCCUCCGUCGGCUUGGCAGUCACGCCAGGGAUCGCCCGUCGAUGACGACGAUGAUGAUGAUGACGACGGAGGUGACGAUGACGACACCCAGCCCCGCCGACCUAAGCGAAGGCGCUCAUCAGCAGGCCCCGAGAUGGCUGAUGUCGGCAACACGUCUGGUGUUGUAAUUUCGGAUGACAUCCGAGCGCAGCUGGACAAGAUCUUCAAUGAGUUCCUGAACAAGGUCUGCUCUGAUCUUGAAAUGUGUGACAGCAAGGGCGAGAAGAUUCACCAGGUGCUCAUGCCGAAAAAGAUGCAGCGCCUGGAUGAGUCCCCGGAUUACCGCCCUUUCAAGUUCCGCAUUCAGGCAUUCACCAAUGCGUUCCACGAAGAACUCCAGUCGCGUGGUAUCACCGAGGAGACCAUGUCAAUUAAGAAGGUCAAGGUCUACCUUUGGCAUCAAGAGCUUAUCUCGCGUUUCAACGCUGAUGGCAAGAAGGCCAAGUCCAAGGGUAACCACAUCUGGCACGUUGAUGCGAAGAAACUCCCCGGAGGUGGCUGGGUGUUCCGUCCUUUCAAAAGACGCAUCAUCAUCCUUCCCCAGCCCGUCGCCAUUAUCAACCACCGAUACGAAUGGGAGCCCAAGAUUUGGGACCCUAUGGCCCCGUCUGCUAGCAUCAAGCCGACCUUCUCGUCCCCGCCCGGCUCCCUUCCGCCGUGGCUCCGCUGGGAGGACGGAACCAAGCUUGCCGGCGUUCCCGACUCCCUGCAGCCUCCUGUCCAGGUGCUGGCCCGUGCGGAAUUCAUCGAUGGCGCUGGUAACCCCGCUACGCUCGAGACACAGUUUGUCAUUCAGGUGGCGGCCAUGCCCGGAAAUCCGGAGCCGAUGCCCUUCACCGCGGCCCCCGUUCCCGGCAUGCAUCCUGCCACUCAGUGGUUGCCGCCCGGAGCCGAGGGAUCUAUCGACAUCAACGCCAUGCACCAGAACAUGAUGUUUGGCGGCCAGAUUCCGGGACAUCUGUAUCCCCCUCCAGGCCCCAACGGCUUCGGCGCGUAG